UGACGGCUGGUAUUUCACAACAGUGUUGCCAAAUCUCAAUGCACAUCCAUCAGUUUAAUUAAAUCUUCACUCUGACAGCACAAAUCCCUAAGAUAGCAUUCAUUUAUACUUACCCACAGAGUCAACACCUCAGUUGGAGACCCUUAUCUGCAUUCAUUUCAGUACACUCUAAACAUAUAAUGCACUCACAUUUGAGAUCCAAAAGAAAGGCAAAUGGAGAAACGAGUGGGCUUACAAUACACACUUACUAAAUAUAAUGUUAUAAUAAAUUAUAAUAUAAUUAAUAAAUGUUCAAAAAGAGUGUUUUCACAGCGGUGCCAUAGAAGAACCAUUUUGGUUCCCCAAGGAACCUUUCAAUUAACGGUUCUUUUUUUUUUCACUUAUAAAGAACAUUUUGUGCAAUGGACAUUUCCAUGGAUUUCAUAGUUAAUUCAUGGAACCUUCAAUGCCAAUAAAGAACCUUUCUUUUUUUAAUAGUGUAACUUUUAAAACUUUAAUAAAAUAAACAUUCGAGUGAAAUUAGUUCCCUGGGAACAUCAUUUACACAGUUAGGUUUCAUGCUAACUAGACAACAAACAAACACCCACACACGACGCACUCAGAUUCAUGCACACACGUCCAGGCAUUAGUCAGAGGAGGACUGAAAGCGCUGUUCAAGUAAAAGAUGAGUAAGGUAAAGAAGAAGUGACUUUUUUCACAACCCCGAGCUCUGACUCCUCCUCUGGAGAUGGUGGGGUGGUUUUUAGAGCUGACAGACCCAGACAAAUGUACAAGAGUGAAGUUACUCCAGCUUUCUCCAAACACACUUUCCAUCUCAGAAGCAGAGAAACUGCUAGGACUGCUAGGACCACCUCAGGCUCUUUUCUUUGAGAUUUAGAUUUCUCCUGUAGCUUUGAGCGCAGGUUCUUCUUGAACUGCAGAUAUUUAAGGGUGUUGGAACAAAGAAAAUCCUCCUAAAUGCUGACAGAGCCGUGUGUUCUGAUGGGAUCGGACAUCAGAGACCUGAGCACCCUGCUUCCUGCGGUCCCGAACGCAAACUGUUCCCUGCCCGUCGGCGGAGCUCCGCAGUGGGGACCGAUGCUGGACUUUCACCCUGCCUCCCCGUAUGGAUCUCUUCCCUCCCACUCUUUUAUCAAACAGGAGCCGGGCUGGGGGGCCGCAGACUCCCACGAGGAUCCACACUGCGGUUUGGGGGCCUUCACCGUGCACUUCUCGGGGCAGCUGACGGGGAUGCAAGGGCCGUUUGCCGAUUCUCCGUCCAGCCAGAGUAGGAUGUUCUCCAGCGGGCCUUAUCUGCCCGGCUGCAUGGACAGCCCUCCUGCCCCACGCUCCCAGGGUUAUGGUACAGUAGCAUUAGAUGGAGCUCCCAGUUAUGGACACACACCUGCUCACCACACUCCACCAUUCCCCAACAAUACCUUCAAACACGAGGACCCCAUGUCCCCCCAAAGCACCAUGGGUGAGCAGCAGUACUCCGUCCCACCGCCUGUCUACGGGUGCCACAGUCCUCCGGACAGUCAGACCAUGCUUCUGACAAAUAGCUUCAACAGUGAUAAUCUCUACCAAAUGACGUCUCAGUUGGAACGUGUUACCUGGAAUCCUGUCAGCUCGCUGACACCCAGCAUAAAGAGCGGUGGUUAUGAGGCCGAAGCGCCAGCAGGAGCUCCGCUGUUGUACAACUGCAGCACUCAGUAUCACAUACACACACAUGGUGUGUUCAGAGGAGUACAGGAUGUGCGGAGAGUACCAGGCAUCGCUCCCUCCAUUAAAUCAUCAGAGAGCAGUGAGAAACGGCCUUUCAUGUGUUCUUACCCCGGCUGCAGUAAGAGAUACUUCAAACUGUCCCACCUGCAGAUGCACGGCAGGAAACACACAGGUGAGAAGCCCUACCAGUGUGACUACACAGGCUGCGGCCGCAGGUUUUCCAGAUCUGACCAGCUCAAGAGACACCAGCGCAGACACACAGGCGUCAAACCCUUUCAGUGUGAGACAUGUCAAAGAAAGUUUUCACGCUCAGACCAUCUUAAGACCCACACUCGGACUCAUACAGGUGAGAAGCCGUUCACGUGCCGCUGGCCCAGCUGUCAGAAGAAGUUCUCCCGCUCAGAUGAGCUGGUCAGACAUCACAGUAUGCAUCAGAGAAACAUGAGCAAACUCCAGCCUGCUGUUUGAGAAACUAUAAAUACACUGUAUAUAAACACACACACACACACACACACACAUUGAAACACACUCAACAGUAAAGACCUGUCAGUCAGUGACUUGCACUGCUGAUCUGAUAACAUGCAUCAUAGCAUCCCUGUAAGACAUGGAACACUGCCUUUCGCUGAAGAAUGUGUCUGCAUCAUUUUGGGUCAUCUCAUGUUGUAAAUAAGUUAGCUUUUUUUUUUUUUACAUAUGGACGGUUGAUUGCACUGGGUAUACUUUAUACUUUUUUUUUUUAAUUGGCAAGAUGUGCUGGGCCACUUUCAUUUCUUGAUUUGGCAAAUAAACUGUGGAUGAGUGAGAAACGGCUAGUGUAAAAAUCAUACGCACUGUAAUGCCUUAGUAUAUAUUUGUAAAGUGACAAGUUGUUCCUAAAAUGCCUCUUAUAAUAAAUUACAUCAUACAUUCUCAGGAAA